AUCAUUUUGUCGUUUGCUAUCAGUCGAACUGCGUUUUAUAUAAAUUUUAAUUACGUGUGCUCUCCGUCCAACGGAGCUUUAUCAAUCCAAUACUCAUUGUUGGAAGCCGCCUUCUGCACCAGUGUGUGUAAAGGCACUUUCGACGAAACAAUCGUAAUUUGUUGCAAGAAUUAUUUUCUAUUCUCACAAUAUUAUUUGAACCAUGAAGGUUAUAAUCCUCGCUGUCUCCUGCCUGCUGGCUGUCUCCGGCGCCCUUGCAGCCGACACUUGCUAUCAAGAUGUCUCCCUGGACUGCGGACAGGCCUCGAACAGCCUCGCCUUUAGACGUCGUUCGCUUCCGAGGUGUAACGCGGUCUACGGCGAAUACGGGAGGCAUGGCAACGUCGCGACGGAGCUUCAAGCUUAUGCUAAUUUGCAUCUAGAGAGGUCUUAUGAAUACCUCCUCUCUGCUGCCUAUUUCAACAACUAUCAGACCAACAGGCUUGGGUUCAGCAAGCUCUUCAAGAAACUGUCUGAUGAAGCUUGGGAGAAGACCAUUGAUAUCAUCAAGCAUGUUACUAUGAGAGGUGACGAAAUGAACUUCGACCAGCGCAGCACAUUGAAGGUGGAACGCAAGAACUACACUGUGGAGCUUCAUGAGUUGGAGGCCCUGGCGAAGGCUCUGGACACCCAGAAGGAAAUCGCUGAACGCGCCUUCUACAUCCACCGUGAGGCUACCAGGAACAGCCAGCAUUUGCAUGACCCUGAGAUCGCCCAGUACCUGGAAGAGGAAUUCAUUGAAGACCAAUCCAAGAAGAUCAGGGAGCUCGCAGGUCACACCACCGACCUUAAGAAGUUCAUCACAUCCAACAACGGACAAGACCUGUCCCUCGGCCUCUAUCUCUUCGACGAAUACCUGCAGAAGGUCGUCUAAACAGGCCAAAAUAUAAUAAACAUAAUUAUAACCUUUAGUUUCACUCUUAAAAAUACGUAUUUUUAUUGUAAACAGUCACAAAUUUUCAUUAAAAAAUUGGUAAAAGUUCCAUUACAGGAAUAACGCUUGAACACCUUUGCGUAAUAAAAAAAAAAUUGGUAAAGGUUCCAUUAUAGGCAUAACGCGUGAACACCUUUGCGUUGGUUAAGAGAAAAAAAUCAAUCUGUCAAAGUGACAGGCCGCCAUCUUGGAUGAAAAAUAAAGGGUGAAACAUACAUACUCCACUAACGUAAAAUUAAAUAAAAGUAAAUAUUGUAACUGUAUGUCUUUUUUUUAUUAUGAUUAUUUUAAAAACUAUCCUUUGUACAAACAUUAGGCUGUUAUAAUAAUGUGAUUAUAUCUUUCAAUUAAGUUUACCCCAUUUAUGUUGUAAGCGAUAUAUGUAUAGUUGUAUCCGCAACGAAUGUAGAUUAUAUGCAAUAUUCAGUUAUUUUCAAAUAAAAACAUCAAUUUAAAAAGUA